GACAACAACAAAUCGUUCGCUACGUACAUGACCGUCACCACUUCUAACCAUCACAAACUGUCUCACUCUCGAAAUACCGACGACCGAUUCCAAGCCUUGGAUCGCGCCUUGGCAAGGAGAUAUGUCCUGCGUCUACUCCAAGAACGAAGAUUGCGUAGCAUGCAAGAGCAAUCUCAGGGCGAUGUAUUAUUUAGACCAAGAGUGGAAAUAUGUGAUAACCCCUCUUCGUCACGUAUCACGGCUACGCUUGAACUUCCUGGCAUGAAAGCAGACGAUGUGCGGGUCACACUCGAACGCGAUAACCUUCUCGCUAUAUCAGGCGAACGCGUAUCGAAAGCACUUUCUGACCAGUCCGCGUCUGUUAGUUUUCCUGUCAGGGAGAUCAAGUAUGGAAAGUUUCUUCGUACACUGGAUGUUCCAUCCGGUACAAUGAUGAGUACCAUAUCAGCGGCAAUGAGCGAUGGCAUGCUUCUUAUAUCUUGGCCUCGUUCUCCUCCGGGCGCAACAACACGUUCUCCGCAGUGAUCUUUAGGCCACGCUGUGGCAUCAUGUUCUACCAUAUCCGUUCUUCUGGACUACACUCCCAACUCCUACAUUAUGAUUUGUAUGCUAUGCUCAAUCUAUAAUUCUAGAUGGUUUUCUGAUUUAUACACGGUAUAGGGGUUAAUUGUUACCAUAGAUAUCUUCUACUCAUCAGCUUCUUGCUGCAGUUUUGAUAGCCGUCCUAUCAUAUUUGUUUUACUUGUAGCAUACACGCGUACCUAGAGUCAUCGUUCCUGUGUUGUGCCAUAACACUGGAUAGAGGCUUUCUGUGCUUAUCUGUGGCGGAGGCAGAUUCGCACUAACAAUAUGUAUCACUAUCAGUACAAUGUCUGGCUUCUUCCAAUUCGAGAGAACAAUGCAAAUAUAUGGGACGAGUCACUACACUGCUUAAUUUCACAAGACU